GAGUAAUGUCAUUGACUUCAUUUGAAGGAGAGGAGAGAGACAGAAAAGUAAGAAAGGGAAUGAAAAAAUCAGAUCGAAAUUAGUUUUGACGUCCGCAAGGACUAUUCUCUCUCUUUUCAUCUUCCUCCUCUCUCUCUCUCUCUCUCUCUCUCUAAAAGAUACAGCGAAGAACAGAAGACAAAACUGUGAGCAAAACAAAAGGUGCUGAGCUGGAAAGGAGCAGACUUGGUUCAUUUGGAUCUGGGAUUUUCAUUUCGGAGCUCUAGAAUGUUCCAUACGGAAUCUCACCACUCAGAUUCAGCUAUUUUCUUCACGACUCUGAAGCUUAUCAUUGCUCACGCUUCUACUUCAUUGUGCACUGGAGACACCUUUGCUCCAACACAGAGCUGAGGUUAUACUUAUUCAGACCGUAACUCGCCUUUUUCUACAUAUAUAUACAGAGAGUAUGGUGCCAUCAGAGGCGCCAAAUCCUGUUGGAAGUGGCGAAAAUGUUCCGACAGGAGGAGCUCCUCUUCCUUCACAACCAGCAUUUCCUCAGUUCAGUAACAACAUGAGUAUGAGUAUGCUCGGGAAUGCUCCAAACAUCUCUUCCCUCCUCAACAACCAUUCUUUCGUAAACGGCAGUGGGGCCGAGUCAGACCCUCUGUCUAGCGUCGGGUUUAGUGGUUUGUCAUCCUUCAACGCCUCUAUGGUUUCGCCAAGCUCGUCUGGUCAAGUUCAGGGUCAUCAAUUCUCUAACCAGUUGCUGGCUGAGCAGCAACGGAAUAAGAAAAUGGAGCCUCAGAAUUUUCAACAACAACAACAGCAGCAGUUUCCGACAGUGCGUGGAGGUGUGGGACCUGUCAAGUUGGAACCUGGUCAGGUCUCUAACGACCAGCAGCAACAGAAAAUGUUGAGAAACCUAGGAUCAUCAGUUAAGUUGGAACCGCAACAACUUCAGGCGAUGAGAAGCAUGGCCCAAGUGAAAAUGGAGCCUCAACAACAUUCAGAGCAGUCACUGUUUCUUCAGCAGCAGAGGCAACAACAGCAGUUUCUUCAAAUGCCUGGGCAAUCUUCUUCGCAGGCUCAAAUGAAUAAUAUAUUUCAGCAGCAGAGACUUAUGCAACUUCAACAACAGCAACAACUCCUCAAAUCAAUGCCUCAACAACGUCCUCAAUUGCCACAACAGAGUUUGCCUCUCAGGCCACCUAUGAAGCCAGUGUAUGAACCCGGCAUGGGUGCUCAGCGUCUUACACAGUAUAUGUACCGACAACAACAUAGGCCUGAAGACAAUAACAUUGAGUUCUGGAGAAAAUUUGUAGCUGAGUACUUUGCUCCUAAUGCGAAGAAGAGAUGGUGCGUUUCUAUGUACGGCAGUGGCCGGCAAACAACUGGCGUUUUCCCUCAGGAUGUGUGGCACUGUGAGAUAUGCAACCGAAAGCCUGGACGUGGUUUUGAGGCAACCGCCGAAGUCCUGCCGCGGCUUUUUAAGAUUAAGUAUGAAAGUGGAACUCUGGAAGAACUUUUAUAUGUGGAUAUGCCAAGGGAAUCUCAGAAUUCAUCUGGUCAAAUUGUCCUGGAGUACGCAAAAGCAACACAAGAGAGUGUAUUUGAGCAUCUUCGAGUUGUUCGUGAUGGCCAACUUCGAAUAGUUUUCUCCCCAGAUCUUAAGAUAUUCUCUUGGGAAUUUUGUGCUCGGAGACAUGAAGAGCUUAUUCCACGAAGGCUUUUGAUACCUCAGGUUAGUCAGCUUGGAUCAGCAGCUCAGAAAUAUCAGCAAGCCGCUCAAAAUGCAACAACAGAUUCUGCUCUUCCAGAGUUACAAAAUAAUUGCAACAUGUUUGUUGCAUCUGCUAGACAGUUGGCAAAGGCCUUGGAAGUACCACUCGUGAAUGAUUUGGGAUACACAAAGAGAUAUGUUCGGUGUUUGCAGAUCUCGGAGGUUGUAAAUAGUAUGAAGGACUUGAUAGAUUAUAGCAGAGAAACAAGAACAGGACCAAUCGAGAGUUUAGCCAAGUUUCCUCGGAGAACAGGUCCUUCGUCUGUACUGCCUGGUCCUUCUCCUCAGCAACCCAAUGAACAGCUAAGGCAGAUUGCAAACAACGAUCAGAGUUCUGGAGUAAACUAUGCCUUUAAUGCAGCUUCUGCAUGCACCUCCUCCACAAGCAGCAUCGCAGGGCUCAUCCACCAGAAUUCCAUGAAGCAAAGGCAUCAGAACGCUGCUUACAAUCCACCAAACAGUCCUUAUGGUGGAAACUCAGUUCAGAUGGCGUCACCUAGUUCCUCGGGCACCAUGGCGCCAUUAUCCCAGCAACACAACCUGACAUCAUUUCAGUCUCCAACUUCCUCGUCUAACAACAACAACAAUCUCUCUCAAAACGGGAUGACAUGUGUUAACAAUCACAUGGGUUCCACAGCAAUUCAACAGGCUGCAGGUGAUGAAGCAAACGGGUCUAGUUCGGUGCAGAAGAUACUGAAUGAAAUCCUGAUGAGCAACCAAGCUCACAAUACCUUAGGAGGAGGAAGUAUGGUUGGGAGCGAGGGGAAGGGAGGUAGUAAUGUAAAUAGCUCCGAUGUUCUGAUGAUGAACGGUCAAGUGAACAACAACAGCAGCAACACAAACAUUGGAGGAGGAGGUGGUGUUGGGAUGGGAGCUAACGGGAACAAUGGUCUGAUGAACGGAAGAGUUGGGAUGUUGGUGAGGGAUCCAAACGUGCAACCGGAUCUAGGGAACCAACUCUUAGGAGCAGUCAAUGGUUUCAACAAUUUUCAGCGUGAUUGGAACGCAUGAUGAAGAGACUUUGAGCGUAUCUGGCAUCACCCAGGGUAAAAGGAUUAAAGAGGCCUCAAGCCGGAAGAGUUUUAAAAAGAAAAUCUUUGUACAACAACUGCUUUUAAAAUACCAACUCGAGUUGCUUGUUUUCCUUUUUAUCGAGAGUUUUCUUUAUGCUUUUAUAGUUAUAAUGUACAUCUUUCAUCAGAGAGUCAAUGAAUCAGAUGUUGUAUCCUUCAUUUA